CCCAAGGCGGGAGCCGCCCGCAUCUCUCGGAGGUCGGGCAAGAGCCGGCCCUCGCCAGAUGCCCGAGGCGGGCGGCGCUGGCGGGCGCUCUCUCCGCCGCGGCGACUCAGCGGGCUCCUGGGCGGGGGAGGCCGGCCGGGGCGGCGGGAGCCUCGCCUAGCGGCCCCCCAGCGGCUAGGAGGACGCGGAGCAUGUGCAGAGCCGGCCGAGUCCCGGGCCGCCGGUGGGCGAGCUGGCCGAGCGCCGCGUAAAAGCCUUGCUCUGCCGGGGCCGGCCAUGCCUCUGGCUGGGUUGCCGGCGCGGAGAGGGAGCCGGGGAGGCGGCGGCGGCCGCCCGCUCUGAGCCCGCGCCCAUGUUCUCCUGCUUCUGCUUCAGCGUCCAGCCCCAGAGCUUCGGCAGCCCCGCGCUGCCCGAAGAUGAAAACAAGGAAAACUACCCAGACAAAUCUGUAGUCCUAGAGGAAAGUCAGGCAGUGUUUCAAGACACGCUGACCCCCUGCGAUGGCACUCUAAGAGUGGGCAUGGGGAACUUAAAAUCCAGAAAGCCCACAUCCAUUCCAAAAACAGAAAAUGGGAAAACCCGUGAAGAAAAUCAGGAGAUGGGAAAUGCAGGGUCUUGGCUCUCAGAGUGCCAGAAGAAAACAACGACAUCAGCGACUGAAUAUGCUGAGAAUGUCACACUCAGAUACCAGGAAACAGCUCUCAAGUUUCAACCCAGGACAGAUCAAAGUGCAUUCAUUUCAUCAAAUGAUGCUGCUGAGCACCUGCAAAGGCUCACUGAGGAAGACAGUCCUCAGCUGGUGGCUUCAGAGGAACCAGCCUCUUCAUCUGCCUCAACCAGCAUGCACAUUGACAGAGAUUAUGGCGGUGAGCUUGCUCAGGGGUACCAAGAUGGUCAGAUGGAGGCCGAAAAUGGACCUGAGGACCAGGAUGCUUUAGGGACUUGCAGGCUGCUGCAUCACAUCACAGAUGGAGAUUAUCCUCUAUUGUCUCCCCGCUGCUCCAUUUUCAGCCAAAGCCAGAGGUUUAACUUAGAUCCCGAAUCGGCUCCUUCUCCACCAAGUGCUCAGCUGUUCAUGAUGCCAAGAAGCUCUUCCAGAGGCAGCUGUGAGGACAGCAAAGUGCCCCAGACCAUGGUACAACUCACAAAGCACCUGCAAAAUCUGAAGAGGAGAAUCAGGAAAUAUGAAGAGAAGUUUGAGGAGGAGAAGCAUUACCGGCCUUCCCAUGCUGACAAAAUAUCAAAUCCCGAAGUAAUGAAAUGGAUGAAUGACCUGGCCAAAAGUCGUAAACAGCUAAAAGAGCUGAAACUGAAAAUGACAGAAGAGCAGAGCUUCCCCAUCAGAAAGAACCAAAGGAGCUUUUAUCCGGAGAGCCCCAGGGAGGCUGGGAUGCUGGCUCCAGCAGAUUCUCCCACUGCUCCUUCGGUGGAGGAAACCAUGGAAGUGGUGAAGAAGCAACUGAAAGAGAAGCGACAGCAGCUCGGUCUCCCUGAGAACAUCAAGGUUAACCAGCAAGACAGGAGUUUGAUGAAGCCUCUUUAUGAAAGAUACAGAAUUAUAAAGCAGCUUCUAUCAGCACCCUCUUUGAUUACAACUAUUGAGGAGGAAGAUUCUGAUGAAGAACCUCAGAGUAGUUCCACUAGGUCCCUCUACGGGCCUCUUCAGGCACAGAUGGAUCACUCGGAUGAGGAGAAUGAACCCGCCUUAGUUUCACCUCAGGGUGAAAAGAAAGUGCUGAAACAGCCAGCCCUCAUGUCCAAUUUACAUGAGGCCACCAUGCCUGUCCUUCUGGAUCAUCUCAGAGAAACUAGAGCUGACAAGAAAAGGAUAAGGAAAGUACUACGGGAAUUUGAGGAAGAGUUCUUUAGACAAACAGGAAGGAUUCCCCAGAAGGAAGACCGGAUCUCCGUUUCAGAGGAAUAUUUGCAGUACAAGCACAUCAAGGCCAAACUCCGCCUCCUGGAGGUUCUCAUCAGCAAACACGAUGUCCCCAAAACCAUCUGAAGCCAGUAAAACUUCCUGAUGUGAGGAAAGAGAAUGCCUGGCUCUUUCUGCCCAGUGAUUUGCUUUUGCGCUUCCUUAAGGUGAUAAUGCUCAGGUGAGCACAGCAGAAAGGUCACAGAGCAGGCGUGAGACUGCCCAAAAAAGGAGUGACUGGAUCGAGGACAGGCUCUUUCCUGUGAAUUCUCUCCUAUUUCCAGAGUCUGUUUUCACCUGGACAUUUGCCUGCUGCUGAGCUAAAGGGAAGCCCUAUGCAAUUUCAAGAAGGUGGCUUGGGAAGCUCUUGGGUCUCUGAAAGCUCUGCUGGAAUGUAUUUUGGAUACUUGAUUUCCAAACUAUCUGGCCACCAUCAUUUGAACAACAAUUCUCAAAACAUUGGAAGGGAAAAGGAGUAAGCAAGAUGAGGUGUUUCUUUGAUCCGGGUUUCCCAGAGGGAAGCCCAUGUGUUGUAUACAGUUGAGCUUUGUUGGUAUGUCCAAAAUUAUGAAUUCUAGAAGGGCAAAACCUCAUAAUUAUGAAAUCCAAGUUCAAUUAACCCUUCAAAACUAAUUGCACAAUCUCCCCUAUGCCUGAGAUAUUCCAGCAAUCUUACCAAGAACCACAAAAUGACAAGUCUCUUGUGAGUUGUUUGCCCUUCCGGCAUUGCAAUCUCACGAGAUUCGUAGAUUCAGGGAGAUUUUCCAAGAUUCAGUAAUCUUGUGAAAGGGCCAAUUCAGGAAUCUUGGUAUCACCCACUGCCUGCCUCUCACCACUUUUUGGCAAGAAUGCUAUAAUUCCACACAAGGAGCGACACCAAGCAUUGACAUCUGAUGAAAGCUGUCACGAUGUCCUACUCAUCAGGAUGUGAUGAAUAAUGUAACAUGGGUUAGUCACCCAAAUUGCAAUUGCAAAUCAGAAUACAUGGUGCUAAAGUACAGAGUUCAGCUGUUGAGAAUCUUCAUCUUUUUCCAUCUUCCUUUCUCUUUCCGGUAAACAAGAAGGCAGCAUUUGGUGCUUUUGAUGCAAAGACAUGAGCAAUGCUUAGUGAAAUUCUCACAAUAAUUCUUACAAAAAUGUUCAAGGGCCAGUAGGGAGCAUUUGGGCUAUGAGACCAGUUCUCAGUCCCCAGGACUAAAUUAUGCAAUAAUUUUUAAAAGGGUGGGUGAACUGUUGUUCUGUGCGCAUUGAAGGAAUUUUUUGGGGGAAAAUGCAGUUGUUUGCAGAUUUCAGCUUGCUGUAGAGAGAAUUUAGGGUGCGAAGUUGCUCCCAAAGCUGGAUCAGUUUUGUGUUUAUCCAGCUGAAGUGUUUAUACUGCAAUUUCCCUCUCUGUUAUGGACAUCAGCAUAUCUGCGUUCUGUGUUUUUACCACUUCUGCUUUUCUUAAAUAGGGAUUGGGUGGAUUAGGACAUAAAGCUUUUUGAUGGGUUGUAUUGAGAAGCCCAGCAAUUGGAAAGUCAUCUGUAUGCAUUUCCCCUGUCUUGCAGAGGCAUAUAUUUUAGUUAAACCUUGGGUCAAUUGAUGUUCAAGAGAUGUCUCCUUCCCAAAGUGGCCUUGUUCUGCUCUGCCACUCAUGUACUCUGGGAAAGGUUCUGGAUGCUGCAAAGACACGUAGAAUGUUCAGUCCUGUGGCUGAAGUGAUGGAGGCUGUGGAAGUGAUGGAGAAGCCCUGAGAAGGGGAAUGUUUUAUUCAGACAGGGAGGGCAUCAUUUGGAAAAUAGCUGGAUGGGUUCUUGUACUCUUUCUUACUGAAGGAACAGGUUAUCUUCUGAACUAUUGACUCUGCAGGCAGCUAACGAGAUUGGCCUAGUUUCCUGAUUUUGCACGAAGUGUACAACUACCUUUAACUGAGUGAUAGAGUUCUCUUCGGUUUGCAUUGUGAUGUCUACUAAGAGUGUACAAACAUGGACUCAUAGGGAAAAUGCAGUGUCAAGUGGACCAAUUUCUCUCUUGGACACUUCAACUCUGCUUUCUGACUUUAUAAAAUUGGUCUGAGCUUUAUCAUAGGAACCACUCUGCUGAAACAAAAAUACUAGUUUAUCCAGCCUCCAGGAUGACUUGGGGGUUUAUGGGUGUCUAAAAAUACAUUUGCAUUUGUGUGUGAGUUUAAGUGGGCAUGUAGGUGUGCUGACUAAUUCUCUUCCAUCCCAGAGCCAGGAUUUGGGAAAAACCAUACCUCCCCAUCUGUUCCAUAAAACCAAGAAGGACCUAUGCUCUUUUGGGUUUAAGCUGCCUAUGGGAAGCUGGCAGGGGUUAAAAUUCCACCAGCCCCAUCCACUCUAUAAAAGUCCAGAGGGAAUCUAAUGCCAUAUGAAGGACUAUACUGUGGAUUCUCACCUGUUGUUUAGAAUAGGGGUCACCAACCUUUCGGACUUCAGGGAACACUAAAUUCAUAAUUUUAAAUCCUGUGGAUCACAAAUAUGAAUUAGCGAUGGGAUGGGGUCCUUCAGGCACUUAGCUUGGCCGCCUGUUAGCGGAAAGAAGUGCCUGGGGUCAUGAUGUCUCUCUAAGCUCAGCUGUGUGACCAUGUCCUGUUCCAAGUGCCAGGGCUCCAUACAAGCAGGAAGGUUGGUGGGACUUUUAAAACAACCCCUGCAAGUUUGGAAGGUUCAUCCCCUCCCCAGCUGUAGAAAUCUCUUCUGUUUUAUCAUUGUGCAUGCUGGCAUGGAGGUUACUCCCUGUAUAAUUGGUAAUCAUUAAGUUAUUGGCUACUUUUUAAUGGCUCAGGGCCAUCCUUUGAUGUUAGUUUGGGAGAAGGUCAUCCAGAUAUGGAAGGGUGAAGGGUGGAGGAGUUAACCGCUGUAUUAAGCAUGUUAGUGUGGCUAUUUUAGAUAUGAAUCCAAAGUUUCAGGUGAAGUUUGCUUGUGAUACUUGAUUAUCACCAUCUUUCCCAUUCUUGCAUCUUGAUGAUGGGUCGCAUUAAACUCCAUCAUCCCUAAAGCCUAUGACAGUUGUAGACGAGGAAUAUUGAGAAGAUACUUUUGUAGAGUAUCUUUGGAAAUUUAGACCUGUGCCUUAAAGUUUGACUUGGUACCCGUAACUAAUUAUAAUCAACUAGAAAACAAUGUGAACUAAAGGUAUACAUGAUAGUCAUAUAUAGUCUUCAAUAAACGUGUCCCCUCCCUAUCCCAGAUAUCUUCAGUUGCCCAAACUCCCCAUCUUUGAGCAAGAAUUCUUUGAGGAAACUCAUAUAUGAAGACAAGAAUGCCUUGUAAGAGCAGAACAAAAGUGCUAGUGCCCCAUUAUUUUAAAGUUCUUUUAAAUUAGACAUUGCCGUGCAUCUUCUAGAACAAAUCUCUCACCAGCGAUGGUUGAAAUUGGUUUAGUGGGUAAAUAUGCUUUGAGCUUGCUUUGCAAGAAAACAGAUUUGAAAAUGCAACAACAUUGACUGUCUUAUUGUUGGAAGCUCCAUCCUUCUUGGGGUGGUUUGUGACACGGGUAUUGUCAGUUUUUCAGUACUUUAGAUUGUAAUAUGGCUGAAAGCAACAGCAAGAGAAAUUCACCCUCACAAGCUGUAUGUUUCCAAUCAGUGGCUGCAGAGCCUAAAUCCUGCCGUGUGUUUACGUCAGUUGCUGGCUUUCCACACUCAGUGGGAAGAUACUUUAAUAUGGUUGUUCUCACUUUCAUUAUCCUUCGUUGUGAUUUUGGACCUUAUUUCUCCAUGCUUCUCUUUCUCCCAGUUGGGUUUGUCCAUUUGUUUGUGUUUUCUGAUUAAUGUUGUGGUACUUGCUUUGCUCGUGAGCUCAUGGGCUGCCACAGCCAACAGGAUAAUGUGCCCACUGGUCACAUCCAGAGUUCCUGGAUAAAGUAACUUUCCCAAGGGAAUACAAGAGCAAAACAACACAAAUAAUUGUUUAGCUGUAUACUAUUUCUGAAGUAAAUGUUAACAUGAGAAGUGAUUUGGUGGGACUCUGCUUGAUAUAUACAAAUAUCUGGAGCUUAUUUAUUUUAGGAGUAGAAAAUAUAAGUGUUUCACAGGUCAGAGUUACGUGCCUUCCCUUCUGAGAAUAAUGUACUUAUGCAUUAAGAAGCUAAAAAAUAAAUAAAUGCAGUCCACACCGCAGUUUUCCUAUCUCAUAUCUGUGGAUGGGAAAAGAAUAUCUGUUCACCAAAGGAAUGACUUUCCGGCUAUGGAAAGGAACAUACAACAGAUACUGAGACAGUAGGAAAAGUUUAAUAAAACUCCUUAAUAAAAGGAGUUUAAAGUCCGUUGAAGAGUGGCAAGGUUGUGUGAGGCUCCCACGUGACAAAAAAGAUGACCGUAGCAACUUUGUCCUUUCUGAUCACUCUCAGCCCAAGACAUUUUAAUCAGAUUAAUGGGGAUAAAACCAAACACUUCUCUCAUUUUAAUCCCUGUAGCAUUUCUGUUUUGACCUUUCCAUGCACCACCAAACACAAGGGAUGAAUUCAGAAGGACGCAAAUUAAUCAGGAAAAAGUUGUGGGCUAAAAAGGUGUGUUUAGCAGAACUUUAGUGCAGAAAUUAAGUAGUGAGAAUCAAUUUUUGGCACAGUUUGACACAGUUUUUAAGAAGGAAGAUUAGGCAUUUACGGGGUGGGAGUGGGUGGGUGGGGGAGGAACCCUUAAACAGGAAAGAGUAGCCAAUACAUUUCAGGAUAAGGAAUUGUAAACUACCCCAUCCUCUUCAAAAGAAACCUCCACGACUUGGUUGAAAGUAACCAAAACGAAACAAACUAUUUGGUGGUCCAUUCUAAUCUUUAUUUGUGUAGCACUUUUCUGUAGCACAAUACUAUAAAAUGUUGCUUUUUAUGAUUACCAAAGCUUGUUUGAAAGCAUGCACUUUGUAGGAUCUUAAUAUUUCACAUGUGAUGAUCGCCAAGGUACUCUGUUAUAGUGAUAAUAGUUUAUUGCAUUAUGAUGUAUGCAGAUAUUUAAUCUUAAGUGUCAUGGUUACGAAUGGUGGAUGGUUGGGUUUUCUAAUUUGGUUUACUGUAGGCUAGAAUAAUAUAUACAUGGCUGGUUCGUGCCAAAUUGAGGUUACAAAGGAAUAGAUUUUAUAAGCGAGUUAUUCUCACAGCUUAAAAUAGAUCACUUCUAUACGGAGCAUGACUGGGGUGGACAAUCAGGAGGCAUCCCAAGGAACACAGGUUUAAUGUCAAGCAGAUUCAAAGAAGACUCCAGGAAGAGAAGUGUACUGUCUUUAGCCUUUGGGGUUCAUCUCUUUGUAACGAUGACACGCAAAGGAGAGGCAGAGCCCUUGGUCUUAUCAUUCUGCUGCCCUAGACGAAGGAGGAGUCCCACAAGCAAAGAGAGAUGUGGGAGAGGACAGGAGCAGGUGACAUGUUCCUGGGUGGAGGGCAAUGAUUUCAAAACAUCAGAAAUGGUGAGGGAGGCCAGGGAGAUAUCCCUCCAACCAGAGUUUCAUGCAAACACUGGGCAGGGUCUACUGUUCUUUCUGCUACAGGGUCAUCAAGGAAGGCAUUGGAUGAAUUCCAUUAUCCACCAACCUUGUCUGUAGGUCACUAUAUGUAAAAGUUGAAGCAUGAUUUCUAAAAAAGAAAAAAAGAAAAAAAAGAGUAGGGGGGGAGGAAUCUUUUAAUGAUUUGGGAAUGGUCCAUGUCCCAUA